UACUCUGGCGUCGGAUUUUCCGAGGGAGCAUGAUGGGGCAUGCCUUCAAAUGAGAAUGUCAUACAGUCCAACUACGCACCUCUUCUUGUUUUUGGUGCAGUGGACUGACUUUCAUCUUGCAGGAGCCCUUGGACUGUUAAGAAUACUAAUCUACAAGGUUUAUGUAGAUGGAACUACCACUAUGUCUACGUAUGAAAGGAAAGCGAGCAUCAGAGAGUUCUACGCUGUUAUCUAUCCCUCUUUGCAGCUACUUCAGAGUGGUGUCACUGAUACCGAAGAUAAAAAACAGAAAGCAGCAUGCAUGGAUAGGUGUCGUAGAAGAGAAGAUGAAGAGUACAGGCAGCUUAUCGAUGUUGAUUUUGAAAGAGAAGAAGAAUGCGGAAUAUGCAUGGAGACGGACAGUAAAAUUUUGUUACCAACCUGCAACCACACCAUGUGCUUGACAUGUUAUCGUGAAUGGCGGUCAAGAUCACAGUCCUGUCCUUUCUGUCGUGAUAAUCUCAAGAGAGUUAACUCGGGGGAUCUCUGGGUAUACACAGACAGCCGGGAUAUAAUCGACAUGGCUACGGUGACAAGGGAGAAUCUUAGAAGGCUUUUCAUGUAUAUAGAUAAGUUGCCACUCAUUGUCCCUGAUACCAUUUUCGAUACUUAUGAUUCCCACCUACGGUGAUAACUAUAGUCUAUACUAUGGUUUUCGUUUUAGUGAUCCCCGAGUAUUUUCCUCUCGUCGAUUGCAUAGAAGACGACGACAUCGCUCGAUUUGGCAAAUUUUAGCUCAUCUUGUUUGCAAUGUUUUCUUCCCACUUCUCACCAAGAAGAAGAAGAAGAAGAAGAAAUCAUGCCCGACUUAUUGUGGGCUGGUGCUGAAGUUGAGGUAGUUCAUCUACAAUUUAUGAAUUUGUAUUUAGUACACUUGUACAUGGUUUUUAUAGCCUUAUGUUUGAUUAAUAACAAAUCCUUUGCCAAA